GGAAGCGGGAUGGAACUACCUCGAAUGCCAACUGAUUGGCACCAAUGUGCGCAUCAUGACUUCAAAUGUCGAUGACGUCACCUUGGCAAUCUGUGAAAUGGAGUUUAUCGGAUCAAAAGUUGGGAGUUUUGGAAAAACGAUGCUUCCAAUUGGUGAAAUCCAAAGUCCUGGAAUCACCAUUUCCGGGACUGCUGAUAUGGAUGAAUAUUUUGACAAACUUUGGGACGGACAUGGAAGCACGGAUAUUAACAAUUGUGUGAAAUUGGAGCCCAGCCAGAGCAAUCGGACCGUUCUGAAUAUUCAUUUCAAUGAAAGAAAUUUUGUGUCACAGAUUCAUAUUCUGUUCGCCAACCAUGAAUCAAUUGCCAAUCUGAAGUCACUGACGGCGAUACCGUGUCAAAACGGAACCAACGGACAAGCCUGUGACCGGGCUUCUUGUGACCUUGUGACCUCAGCUAACAGGGGUCAAUGGGUCAUCGUCGACUGUGCAAGCUCGAACAUAAGUUCAGUUCUACCGGUGGAUAUUUUACAAUUGGAAGUUGAGUUUCAGGAUGAUAUUAUCACCGACAAUGCAGAAGGAAAUUCCAUCGUCUUCAUUUGCGAAGUGAAAAUAAUUGGCAAGUCAUUCCAUGAUCCCAAAAUUUUGACACAUAAUCACGUCCUGCGCGAAUCCAACCUGACAAUCAGCUGGACUGUGGAACCCUCUGAAGCCUCAAUUGAACUUCGAAUCGCUCCUGGAAUUAAUUCACCAGUCGCCGUUUUUUACCCUGACACUGCAAGCAUUUUCAUUAACCCCUUGAGCCCUGGAACUAGAUAUUCUGCUAUGAUGAUACCUUUUAUCAACAACAAAUCUGUCAAAACAUAUGGAGAUUCUGUUUACUUUGAUGUUGUAACAAGUUAUUUCAAGCAAUUCGACUUAACUGAGUUUGUAGUCGAUUCCAACUCUGUUGAAUUUUGGUUCAAUUUGAGUGGAAAUUGCGAUUAUGUCAUUUUUUCAAUCACGCCUCAAAACCAAACAGUUUCUAAAAAAUGUCCCCACGCAGUUCGUGAACGAAUUAGGUUCGAACGACUAAACCCGAACAGAGAAUUUAAAAUUGAAGCUCAAGUAUUUUACGAAUCAAAACGCGAGGCUGUUUCAAAAAAUAUCACCACACCUCCGGUUGAAAUUAGGCAGCUGAGUCAGAAAACAACUAAAAACGGAUUCGUUUUAGUGGAAUUAGAGCUGCCGCGCAUUUGGACAAAAGUGGUAUAUUGGCUCAACGAAGAUAAUCUUACUGAAGUUUUUGCCGAGAGUUUAGAAGACAAAACAAAAUUGGAAAUAUUUGUCGGAAAUGAAAGACAGGGUCACGUUUUAUAUGUGAAGAUAGCUGGAUUAGUAGAAGGAGCAGUUACCGAAAUCAAAGUUGCAGCUAGUAUAAUUUUGGAGAACAUUCAAGUCAUGUGA